AGGGGAGAGAAGAAGGAAGAGGAAGAGAAGGAGGAGAAGGAAGAAGAGGAGGCAGAGCGAGAGGAAGAGGAAAAGGAGGCGUCGUCGGUCGCGAGUAACUGACCCGCGCUCUUCAAGAUACGCCACGGAUAAUAACACAACGCAAAUAACGUCGGCCUCGUCGGUCGUCCUGGUCGCCAUGCAGAACGUGUCGGCGCGCAACUCCAGCUACGCGCAGACGGAGGACAUGACGUCGAAUCUGACGGUCCAGAUCGUAUUCUGCGUGUUCUACAUCGUCAUCUUCGUGCUCGGCAUAUUCGGCAACGUGCUGGUGGUCUUCGUCGUCGGGCGGAAUCGCCAGAUGCACACCGUCACCAAUCUUUUCAUCACGAACCUCGCGCUCAGCGACGUGCUGCUGUGCAUGCUGGCCGUGCCCUUCACCCCCUUGUACACCUUCAUGAACGGCUGGGUCUUCGGUAACACCCUCUGCCAUCUGGUGCCCUACGCCCAGGGGGUCAGCGUGUACAUCAGCACGCUCACGCUGACGAGCAUAGCCGUCGACCGGUUCCUGGUAAUCCUCUAUCCGUUCCAUCCGCGCAUGAAGAUCAAGAUGUGCCUGGCGAUCAUCGUGAGCAUUUGGAUGGUCGCGUUACUGGUCACCCUGCCGUACGGGCUUUACAUGCAGCAGCUGGAGGAAAAUUAUAUAUCCUUCUGCGAGGAGAACUGGCCCAGCGAGCCAUUUCGCAAGGUCUUCAGCUCGCUCACCUCGAUACUGCAGUUCGUCGUGCCGUUCUUCGUAAUCGCCUUCUGUUACAUCUGCGUGUCGAUCAAGCUGAACGAUCGAGCGCGCGCCAAACCCGGCAGCAAGACCAGCAAGCGCGAGGAAAAGGAUCGCGAGAGGAAGCGUCGCACCAAUCGGAUGCUGAUCGCCAUGGUCACCAUAUUCGGCGUGUCUUGGUUGCCGCUCAACAUCGUCAACGUCGUCGACGACUUUUACUCGGACGCCAACAGCUGGUCCUACUACAAGUUCUGCUUCUUCAUGUCGCACUGCAUCGCCAUGAGCAGCACCUGCUACAAUCCGUUCCUUUACGCCUGGCUCAACGACAACUUCCGCAAGGAAUUCAAACAGGUCCUACCAUGUUAUUCAAGGAACUCCAGCAACAGCACUCCGAGGACCAAAGAGAGCUGCAGGGGCGACAAGAUAUGUAACGGUAAUAACACCUUGCAAGAGACUCUGCUGCCCAGCACGAAAACGCAGAAUCCCGAGGGAUGCGAGAUGAUCAUUCUGGAGCAGACAACGAACAUCUCGAAGGAGCUGGAUCAACCCUCGAGCUCCUCGAAAGAUUUCAACGACGCGGCUCUGUGAGGGAAAAGAAGCUCUAACCGUCAUACCGGGAAUGUGCCAUCAGCAUCGCCGUGAUCGAAAAGCUGUCGAUCGGAUAAAUCAAAAGGUAUACAGAAAGGAAGCUACAAGAACAACGGGUGUUUACUAUGGAUCCUACACAAUAUAUCGUGUACGCGUGCUUGUGACGUAAUUAAAAAAAAAAUAAUAUUACACGUACUAGCGAUAAGAGCAUGCAUGUAUCAAGCUACGGGCGAUAGGCUCGAGAAUAAAAAGCGUUAUAAAGAAUACGAAUUAUAAUUAUAAUUACGUCUUGAUCAAAAUGGCCUGUCCACGAUGUAUUUACUUUCAAUCAUAAUAAAUGGCGCUUCUGUAAUAUA